AUGUACCAAUCGUAUCCUCAACAGCAACAAGGGUUCCUGCCUCAACAGCCAUCUCAGCCAAUGAUGGGAUCAGGUGCUGUUCCAAUGGCCCCUGUACAACAGUACGGUCAACAGCCAUCACAACCACAACAACAGUACCAACCGCACCAACAACAACAACAGUUGGGACAACAACCACAACAAUUCCAAUCUUCACAACAGAUUCAAUCUCCCCAACUGGAACGCGAAUCCUAUCAAACUGCUCUUCCACCAACGGUAACACCUGGCUGGAAUGAUCCUCCACCAAUGCUCUCAACUGCUGGAGCCACACCAAACCGACUGAGCAAUAUGCGGCGGAGACCUGUUGAUCCUUCAAUCACAGGAAAUGUCGGAUAUGGUGCACCAGCGCAAACUGCAAAUCCAUACGGCGGAGCCACUCCAUAUGGGGCGCCACAACAAGACGCUCAGCAGUAUCAACAACAGCAACAGUAUCAGGCGUAUUCACAGCAACAACAACAGCCACAGUAUAGUCAGCAGCAACAGCAGUACGGUCAACAGUAUCCUGGAGCUGGAGCUCCUCCUCCUCCACAACAACAACAACAACAAUAUGGAAUGUAA